AUGUCUUCUAUAAAUCUAGUUAAUAAUUCGAUAUUGGCAUCAGCUAGGCAAGAAAAUAAUAAAUCAAACAAUUUUAUACUAUCAACUGAAGAGUUCCCCGAUGCUUCACGUAUAAAUCAAUUCAAACCAGCAUUUUCUAGAAAGAGCACUAUAUUGCAAAAACAAGCAUCAUUCAUUCAAAAUUCAAGGGAUAAUAACUUGAAGUCAUUGAAGCACCAACCUUCCAAGCUUGACCUCAUAGAUGAUACGAAAUUGACAUCUCUUCCAUUGCCACCCCCACCUAAAACUAGAAACUCUUGUUCUCAACCCGACGCUGAUGCUGAACAUGGCAUAAGAUGUUCCGAAUCAGUUACAACCUAUAAUAUAGACGAUGAAUACGAUGAAGAAAUCGAGGAAAGUGAAGAUCCAAUAGUCUUGGUGGAAGAUUACAUGACUAGUGAAACUAUUAUUUGUUCGAAUAAUCAGAAACACAUUAAUAAGAAGGACUCGUUGGCUAUAUUCAAGGAUCGCAUAUAUCAAAACGAAGAUAAUCCUAGCAUAUCUACAACCUCUGCGAUCUCAACUAUAACUAGUGACUUUAAUGUUACCAAAAUUCCUUUGAAAAUAAGUUGUGUGUCGAAGGAAACCAUGACAAAGACAAAAAUUACAAGAAAAGAACAAGAUCUUGAAGAGAUAUUUGGUAAGAUACCAGGAAGUGACUCCUUAAAGUAUUGUGACUUAUGCGAAAAGCCAUUAUAUGAAAUCAGCUCCUUGAUAGAUAAUAAAAUUGAAACUUCCUUGGAGCGACCCACAGAUGAAUCUUUGUACAAGGAAGAUACCCGCUUGUAUAGUGAAUUUGUUUGCUGGGAAUGUGUUGAGACUUACGAAGAGUUUUUUAAUGAGUUAUGUGCAAAUGAAUUGUAUCCUUAUACUAAUGAUGUGGUGAAUGAUACCUCGAAAGACUGUAUUAAAUUAUUUGAAAUAUUUCAGGAUAUCAAGAGUAAAUACAAUAUUGACUCUUACAUCGAAACAAAAUUGAAUAAGCAGGAAAAUUUACCUUUUUCUUCUAAUUUAAUUCAAAAAUUGAAUCAAUUGAAAGGAGGUAAUAGCUCAAUUCCUUUAAAAUUAUAUAAUGGGUCCGAAACAUUUGAUUGGAUAAAAUACUUACAAUACCAGUUACGAUGGAGAUGGCGAAUAGCAGGUCUAAUUCCAAAUGCCUUCAGAUCUGACCCUAAUCAAACUUAG